CAACUCUGCAGGAUACAUCUACACAUUUCCUGUAUCCUUGCAGAUCAUAAUUUCGAAUAAACAACAAAGCAAACCUUAUCAGAUUCGAAUGGGGGGGAGCCAACAAUAUCUCCUAAACUGAGAACAUUGAACAUAGCCAUGAUAACUUCAUCCCCAAGGUUCACGUGGUGUGACUCUCAAACACAAGAUUCCUAUCAAAGACACCAAUGAGCUGUGCCUGCACUGUCUGGGCAUCCAACAUGCCAAGGAGGCUGUGCUGGAGUAUGGGAAAUGCCCCCAGUGUGCCAAGAUGGACUGGAGCACCUGCAUCAACCGCCUCACCAAAGUUCAGGAGAUAAUGCACCAUGAGAGGAGGCACGAGGCAGCACAGUCUGAAGUUAAGCUCAAGUCUGAGACCACCUCGGCUCCCAUCAAGGAACCAAAACUGGGGGAAGACCCAGUCCCCAUUCUACCCCCACCUCGGCUCUCUACUACCACACCUGUAUAUUCGUCCACCAUGCCAGUGUUGUUCACCAUCCUCUCCCUGCAGACAGGGCCCAAUUCCAGCAUCCCAAAAGACACUUUCCUCUCACAACUUGCUAUUCAGCAGUCAGCUGACUCCACCCCAUCCAUGAGCCAGUCAGGUUCCCACAUGCUGACUUCCAGGGUUCGGCAAACGACACCAUUUCUCAAAAUGCCGCUCGCGCUGCACCAAUCACUCUAAACGGAGCCACGGUAGCCUCCAGCGGAGACGCUCUCCAUCCUCCUCGUCUUCUUCCUCCUACUGACUUUUGCCCCUCUGGAAAGUGGAGGAGGUCUCAGAGAGAGUCGCGGCAGGCUGUCCGGUUAGAGAGGAGACACAGGGAGCUGGUGGAGAUGGUUCAACAGAGACUAGAGGCCCAGCAACAGGCCACCCAGCUACAGUGUGCAAUUCUGGAGAAGUGCAUUGAGGCUCUGGAGAGGAAAGGUACAGAAGCUGUUGUGUCAUACCCCACUUCAGCCCAAACUACACAUCUUCAUGCCUCCAUCCCUUGUCUCAGGAAAGCGAGCAGAGAGACUUAUCUCCCAUACCAUUGUGAAGCAAGAAGAGGAGCCCUCCAUCUCAUCUGCCUUGAGUCCUCUCAGUGAUGUGGAAGGGGAGGAUGCCUCUCCGUCAACUGAUGGUCCUAUCUCCAAACAGGACUUACUGGCAGCUAAGGAGCUUCAGAGCCUCAUAGCAUGAGCCGCCAAGUACCUUGGCAUAGACUUCACCAACCAGCUCCAGUCCACCAGACUCUACCAUGGUUCCAGAGUUUGAUGACCUGGUCCAGAGCUCUUGGCCAAACCUUGCCAGCUUGAAGCCGUACACGGAGCUGUUCUCCAAGAUGUACAGGCUCCCCGACUGCCAGUCCCCAGCCUACAACCAGAUGCCUCAGGUCAACUGCAUUAUGUCGACCAUCUUCCAGGCAAUGAAGCCAACGGAGAACAAGGAGGCGCUGGACCCGGCUGUGCGAUUGCGUUUCACUGAGACUCUAGUUGAGAAGAUGUACCAGACUGCUAGCAUGCUUGCAAAGACGGCCAACUACCUGCACUACCUAUCCGACUACCAGAGGAGGCUGCUGCUGGAGAACACUGAGGAUCGUUCAGCACAGAGUUUUGUGGCUAUCCUCAGUGAGCUGAAGAUCAUUGGCCAGUUCACGCUUCAGCUGUCCUCCCACCUAGGCUGAACUGUCUGGAAGGGUCAUGGCUUCUUCUGUAGCCAUCCGAAGACAGGUCUGGAUUGCCAAGACCAACUUCACAGACUCUCUGAAAGCCACCUUCCAUUUGUGGUCAGUCACACCUAUGGGGUCAGCUCAGCUUCAGGCCCUAGAUCGACUGGAAUGGUGUGCAAACAGGAACCGUCGUAAUGGCUACUUGUUGCAGUUCUUGCGGAUGACGAAGCAGUACCUGCCUCAUCUGGCUCGGCUGUGUCUAAUCAGCACCUUCCUGGAGGACGGCAUCCGUAUGUGGUUCCAGUGGAACGAGCAAAAGGACUACAUCGAGGCGACGUGGGGCUGUGGCUACUUCCUGGCCACCUGCUUUGUGCUGCUCAACCUCACAGGACAGCUUGGUGGCUGUGUCCUUAUCCUCAGUAGAAAUUUUGUACAGUAUGCCUGCUUUGGAUUAUUUGGAGUCAUAGCUCUACAGACGGUUGCAUACAGUAUUUUAUGGGAUAUAAAAUUUCUGAUGAGGAACCUUGCUCUUGGCGGUGGACUCCUGCUGUUACUAGCGGAGUCGCGUUCAGAAGGGAAGAGCAUGUUCGCUGGUGUCCCCUCCAUGGGGGAGAGCUCACCGAAGCAGUACAUGCAGCUGGGAGGGAGAGUCCUGUUGGUGCUCAUGUUCAUGACCCUGCUGCACUUUGACCCCAGCUUCUUCUCAAUCCUCCAGAACAUGGUGGGCACGGCUCUCAUCAUCCUGGUGGCCAUUGGCUUCAAGACCAAGCUGGCCGCCCUGACCCUGGUAAUAUGGCUGCUGGCCAUCAACGUCUACUUCAACGCCUUUUGGACGGUGCCCGCCUACAAGCCUAUGCAUGACUUCCUCAAGUACGAUUUCUUCCAGACCACGUCCGUCAUCGGAGGUCUGCUGUUAGUCGUGGCACUGGGGCCCGGCGGGGUGUCCAUGGACGAGAAGAAGAAGGAGUGGUAGGGAGAGGGAGAUGCACAAACACCACUGACCCCAGGACACACAAGGACCCCCAGGGUACUCGUCAUUUUUCUGACCAUCCACAGCAACCUCUCCCUCCACCGUUCUGUCUCCUCCUUUUCUUUUUUCACAUUUUGUUUUCCAGCUGCUGUUUGUUUUUAUGAGGUCAAUAUGGUCGGUACUGGAUUAUUUUAUACACCUAUUUAUGUCCCAUUUAUUUUGGUGGCAAGGAAAAAGUCAGAUUUUGAAUAAACUGUCAAAGUGCAAAGUAACUAAUUCAUGAGUGAUGGAUGGAUGAAAAAAAAAAUUGGUUCUGUGUUGGAGAGGUAUGAAUAUCACAAUGUAUUUAUGGAUGUUAUCAUAACCUUUCAGAAAGAAACAGUUUUUUGUGAAUAGCUGAAAAACAGUGGUGAGUACGUGUAUCAGUUUGCUGGCCAAGGAAGGCGCCAAUCUUUUCCUGCUUGUUGGACCAUCUGUGACUUGCUCAUAUCAAUACUGAGACCUCUGGCACUGAAUACAAUACGAUUCUCCCUCACUCUGUAGGUUGCCAUCUUCCCUGCUUUUCAGAAGUCCCAGGCCUCAUCCUUACACACAUCCAGUCCCAUGGCUGUGACUCAUGGAUUGCAUAUGGAGAUGAGUUGUGGGGAUGUGUGCAUUGUAUACUACUAUUCAAAAUGAUGGAUUGAAGUUGUGCUUGAUUGAAUAUUGAAACAAUUGUUAGCACCAGAACUCUUUUUGGGCUCUUUGUUCUUUACAUCUAGGGCAAAUGCCUAACUAGUAACUGUAUUUUAACAGGGCAGUAGUGGGAGUUUGACAUUUGUGAAACGCCAUAUUCCUCAAUCUAAAGAAGCAAGCAGAACUGAAGAGUCAACAAUCACCCUGACUUUUUCCUUUGUUCAGUGUUUUUGCUUUAUACUGUAUAAGGAAAUAAACAUCUUGAGUUUA